UCCGUCCCCUCUUCCUCUUCUGCUCCUCGAGGAGCCACCGGGGCCGGUUUUCGUCUGUUUGUGGCAGCAGAGCGCGACUGUAGUCAUGGCGAUGUUUGAGCAGAUGAGAGCGAACGUGGGCAAGUUGCUCAAGGGUAUCGACAGGUACAAUCCUGAGAAUCUGGCCACCUUGGAGCGCUAUGUGGAGACCCAGGCCAAGGAGAAUGCUUAUGAUCUGGAAGCCAACCUGGCGGUCCUGAAGUUGGGAAGGAAAUCUGCUGGAGAGAAAAGGGAAGAGGUGAAGACCAAGCCCUGUCUAGGGAGGACAAGAAAGCCGGGGUGCCCUCUAGUGGCCGUGUGGGGAAUGGGCCACGGGAGGGCAGCAGGGAGAUUUACCAGGGGAGGCUGCUGCCAUCCAGGCAGGAGAGCUUGGUUGGUGUCAUUAGCACUGCCCCCUGUGCUUCCCGUGUCACCUGCAGACAACCAGCUGAAAGUGUGGAUGAGCAAGUACGGCUGGAGUGCUGAUGACUCGGGACAAAUCUUCAUCUGUAGCCAGGAGGAGAGCAUCAAGCCCAAGAACAUCGUGGAGAAGAUCGACUUCGACAGUGUGUCCAGCAUCAUGGCCUCAUCCCAGUAACUGCAGGUGUUCAAUAAAGCUUUGUAGAUUGAGCA